GAUGACCAGAGACUGCGGACACAUAGUACAGGAGAUGACCAGGACUGCGGACAUAUAGUACAGGAGAUGACCAGGGACUGCGGACAUAUAGUACAGGAGAUGACCAGGGACUGCGGACAUAUAGUACAGGAGAUGACCAGGGACUGCCGACAUAUAGUACAGGAGAUGACCAGAGACUGCGGACAUACAGUACAGGAGAUGACCAGAGACUGCGGACAGUACAGGAGAUGACCAGAGACUGCGGACACAGUACAGGAGAUGACCAGAGACUGCGGACAGUACAGGAGAUGACCAGAGACUGCGGACAUACAGUACAGGAGAUGACCAGAGACUGCGGACA